GCCGCCGGUCCGCACCCGCUCUCCGCCGCCGCGCCGAGAUGGGUAUCACGGGUUUGAUGAAGUUGAUUUCGGAAGAGGCUCCAGAUUCGACGAAGAAGUGGGAUUUAACGCAUUACUUUGGAGGAACUAUCGUAAUUGACACAAGCAUCUGCAUCUAUCAGUUUCUGGCUGCAAAUGGAGAUCUCAAAAAUCAUAACGAUCAACAAACCGGCCAUAUUCUAGGCUUACUUCAGUGAACUGCUAAAUAUUUAGAGGCCGGAAUCAAGCCAGUAUACGUUCUUGAAGGAAAACCUCCUGAAAUGAAGAAGGGAACACUUGAUGAAAGAAAAUUAAAGAGACAGACUGCAGAACAUGAAUUCAGAGGCAUUGCUGGGCUUCAGGCAGCUGAAGAUAUCAGGAGGACUAGUUCUGUCUCUAGCGUUUCUCGACUAACAAAGAAACCAAGGGUUGACGUUGCUUCACAAGCCUAUUGCGUACAAUCUUUGAUCAACGACAAAGAUGUACUUGAGGAUCCAAGUAAAGCUGCAAAGAUGAAAGAAUUGAUAAAAAGGACAACGAAGCUCACAAACACACACUUAAAUGAUUGUAAAAGGUUGUUUGGACUUAUCGGUGUUCCUGUCGUAGAGGCUCCCGGUGAAGCAGAAGCCCAGUGCGUCCAGUUAUGCAAAGAGAGCAAGGCGCAUGCUGUUGCCUCGGAAGACUUGGACUGUCUUCCGCUCGGGACGCCAUUACUUCUUCGGAACUUUAAGGCUGAUCAACCUGUGGAGGAAUACAAUACCACCAAUGUGUUAAAGGGAUUAAAGCUCUCUCUGGAAGAGUUUCUUGAUCUUUGUAUUCUAUGUGGUUGUGAUUAUUGUGAAAAAAUUGAAGGAAUGGAGAGCAAAGAGGCAUUGCAUCUCAUUCGUGAACACCGUAGUAUAGAAGAAAUUUUGAAGAAUACAGAAAGCAGGUUCCAAAUUCCUGAUGAUUGGCCUUAUGCAAAAGCUCGGGAGUUAUUCAGGGACCCUGAUGUUACAAAAGAUGUUGCUGACCUUCAGUGGACUGCACCUAAAGAAAAGGAACUCAUUACGUUUUUAGUAGGUGAGCAUGAUUUCAGUCAAGAUCGUGUGGAACUGGUAGUAAAAAGGAUUAAUAAUGCGAGAUCUCUAAGAUCGCAACCAAGAAUCAAAAGCUUUUUCAAGCGAGUGUUACCUAAGAAGACACAACCGACCGUUGAAAGAUUUUUCAAGCCAACAUGAGCACAAAAACGAAAGGAUGACAAGUAGCUCGUCCAAUUCUGCACGGCUCUCGGUAGAACGGGCCUUUUGAAGUGCUUGUAAAAAAAGUUGAUGCCGGCUACAAAAUGCCUUUUCUAGUCAGUUGUAUGUUUCCGGGAGCAAUUCUGCUAGUUUGACUUGUAACGUAAGAUCGGAACGACCUCUGUUUCCAUUUGGUUCUUUUUUCUCGUUGUUGAUACCGGCAAGACCCAGCCAGAUGAUGAUGGUUGCAGUCGAGUAUUACAUUAACUGUUAUGGUAGAGCAAUUGACUGCAGACAUGGGCUCUUCCCUUUUCUUUUUUUCCCCAUAUCUUGUGCAAAGUUUCUUGUUUGCUACUUUACGCUUAAAGGGCUGGUGAUGAUUUA